GGAAGAGUAAGGAAGGAGCGCCCGCCCGGCUUUGUGGAGUCUCUGAUCUAGGGCCUACCUACCUGGUCGCUGUUCCCGGGAGCUCAGCACCAAGACUGAACUUGUACCAUUUAGAAGGAUGGAGACUCGCGAUUCUGUCGACAUGUUUGCCAAAGUCCUAGAGAAUCAGCUGCUCCAGACAGCCAAACUAGUAGAAGAGCAUUUGGAUUCUGAAAUUCAGAAAGUAGACCAGAUGGAUGAGGAUGAAUUGGAACGCCUUAAAGAAAAGAGACUCGAGGCCCUAAGGAAAGCUCAGCAGCAGAAACAAGAAUGGCUUUCAAAAGGACAUGGAGAGUACAGAGAAAUUACUAACGAGAGAGAAUUUUUUCAAGAAGUGAAGGAGAGUAAAAAAGUGGUUUGCCAUUUCUACAGAGAUACCACAUUCAGAUGUAAAAUAUUAGACAGACAUUUGGUAAUCCUGUCUAAGAAACACCUGGAGACUAAGUUUUUGAAGCUGAAUGUGGAAAAAGCACAUUUCCUUUGUGAGAGGCUCCGUAUCAAAGUCAUCCCCACCCUGGCCCUGGUCAAAGAUGGAAAAGCGCAGGAUUACGUGGUUGGGUUUACCGACCUCGGCAACACAGAUGACUUCAGCACAGAGACUUUAGAGUGGAGACUUGGCUGUUCGGAUAUUCUUAAUUACAGUGGAAACUUAAUGGAGCCACCAUUUCAGAGCCAGAAGAAAUUUGGGACAAACUUCACAAAACUGGAAAAGAAAACUAUUCGAGGAAAAAAAUAUGAUUCAGACUCCGACGAUGAUUAAAGAUCGGUUAUCAUUCCUUGUAACUCAUCCUUUUUACUUUGAAAAUCACACUUUACUUUUCUAAAUUUUUAUUUCAAUACAUUGGUCAUAUGAGGUUCAUAGAGUUUUAUACAGUUACAUCACAAUGAAAGAGACAUUUUAAGUUGAUGAAAACUGUCUAGAUUCUCUAUUUUUGAAAUUGAUUUUGUCACAAUCUGGUUCUUCUUUAUACCAUUCACAAUUGCAUUUUUAAACUACUAGAUGGGAAAAAGGAAUUCAGCCAACUGUUCAGGACCAAUACUUCUUCUGUUUUUGAGCCACAACUGGUGGUGGUCAAAAAUCACUCCUGGCAGGCUUGGGGAAUGAUAUGGGAUGCUGGGGAUCUAACCCUGGUUUAUCCAGGUCAGCAGUGUAUAAGGCAAAUGUCCUACCGCUGUGCUAUCACUCCAACCCCUCAGGACCAAUUCUUAAUA